AUUAGCAAAUUAAUUAAUUUCAAAACCUUAUUUUUAAAAUACUUAUUAAGCUUAAAUUAUUCUACCUAGUUAUUAUGGCUACUAAUUAUUUUCGAUUUAACGUGUUCGUCCUCUCUCUUAUUGUUACGUUCAUAUUUGUUUCAACCAUCUUCGUGUCAUCUUUUCAGUAUCGAGUUGGUGGUAAAAUCGGUUGGAUUAAGCCAAUCGGUAACGAAUCCGAGACGUACAACGAAUGGGCUGCUAGAAAUCGAUUUCGUAUCGGAGAUACACUUUAUUUUAAGUACAAAGGUGAUUCAGUACUUGAAGUAACUGUGGCUAAUUAUCUCAAUUGUAACACAACAAGCCCAAUUUCGAAAUAUGAAAAUGGAGAGACAGUUUACAAAUUUAGCCAUUCGGGCUUCUACUAUUUCAUAAGUGGCCACAAAGAUAAAUGCAAAUCUGGCCAGAGAAUUAUUAUUCGCGUAGUGCACGAUUCCGAAAUUUCUUCGCCGGCGUAUGCACCGGAGAUUUCACCCGCUCCGAGUGUAGGUGGUGGCGGUGAUGAUGGAGAUGGUUGGGAUUCGGACUUUUUGGGACCACCGGCUAUUAAUUCUACGACUGCGCUUUCUGUUUUUUCAUAUUUUGUAACUGCCCUUGGGGGUAUUAUGGUUUUUUUCUAUUUGCUCAUGUAGAAAAAAUGAACUAUUGUUUCAUUAUGUUUUAGAUUUAUUUUUAUGUUUUUUGUUUUAGUUGUAAUUUCGAUAUUUUAUUUGAAAAUUAUUGACAUUGUAGUAGUUUGCAUUUGUUUAAUGAUCUUUUUUUUAA